AUGGUGCGACGCCGCGAUCGAGCCAACGCAUUUUGCGAAGCUAUCCGUGCUCUCGAUGCUACAGAUCUUUCAUCAGCGAGUGUACGCGAUCUCCUCCUGCCAACAAUACAAAACCUAUUGAAAGACACGGAAGCGCUCGACCCAGCGCAUAAAGAGGCGUUAGAAGUGAUAGUAAAAGAGAGAUCGAGUGGAACUUUUGAUGCAUUUAGCAAAGUGAUGGGGACUCAAUUUGGACUCCCGACCUCCAUGACAAGUUUCUUCAGUGAAGGUGGACUUUUAGGAAAGAAGGAUUCAGGAGAAAUCCCACCACCACCACCACCCGACCCGAAAAAUGUCAUUAACCCACAAUCACCCGUUGAAGACACAAGAUUCAGGAGAAUCAUGCGAGGUGGUUUUACUGAUAUGCUUCGGGGGAAAGGUAAAAAUAGCGAUGAGCUUUCACCCCCACAUUAAGAUCUUUUUUGUUUUUUCUUGUAAUUCUUAUGAUUUUUUUUAAAAAAAAAAAAAAAAACUUCUAUUCUUUCUAUAAACAUUAGAUCGAUUAAUUUUGGUUU